UACUUGGGGAGUUUUGUUUAUAUGAACUGUCAUUGACUUGGUUAUAUUCUUAUCUUAAAUUAUCUCAAUACUGAAGUUCAAAUUUUGUUUGAAGCCUAUUAGGCUUUUCUUUAAAAGAAUGAGUAAGGUUGGAGUCUAUGAACCAAACCAAGAGCAGGAUUCGAUGAAAACCCUGCCAUUGUCAGAUAGUGCUGGUGCAGAAGCAGAGCCUAAAAAAAGAGUACCAAAACGUAUAUUACAUUUUUCGGAUGGAACCCUCGAGGAAUACAGCUCUGAUGAAGAUGAAUCGGAUGUUUGUAAACCUCGUUAUGAAACACAACUAAUGCAGUCCAAUUUGCAUAGUGCGCCCUGGAUGCCUUGGUUUUGGUAUCAUACAGUUUAUGUUGGAACAAAGGCACUGGCUGUGUGUGAUUACCUCGGAGAAUCGUUAGCAAACUUUUUUGGAAUAAUUUCUCCUAAAUAUGAGUACGAAAUUGAGCAAUACAAAAAGAUGAUCGCUGAGGAAGAAGAAAGGCGAAAACAAGAUAUUGAACUCGGCGGUUGGACAGACAGUACACAAGCUACAUCUUCCCCAGUACAAACAGAGCCUCUAAGUACACUCUCACUACUUUAGCUGACAUCAGAUCAUGGUAGGGUAGCGAUGGAUUGUUGGAAGUUUAAUAAUAAAAGAACUGUUUAUUAGAAAAAGUUGUAUUUAUUUCAUAAUAUAUAACAUUAUAUGUAUUUAGAGUAUGUAAUUUUUUUAUAUUUAUUCUAAUUGAUAAUCUGAAGACUAUUCUGCUGAAAGUGUACUAGUGAGUGUGUACCGUGAUUAUUUAAAUUUGUAAUAACGGCUUGUAAAACAGUGACAAUUUUAUAUCAGCUGCUUAGUAUUUUUAUUCCUUUUUUUGUCAGCUGUUUUAUUAAAAUGAUCAAAGCUUUUAUUUUAAUUUUAUUUAUUUAUAGUAUUUUCUAUCAUUGAAGGUUCAUGUAGUAAACAAUGCUGCUAAAAAUAA